AUGGUAUUGUGGCUUGCUUUUAACGCCAUCCUUAUUCACAAGGUGAUACCAUUUUUUGAGUUCUUUCACGAUAGUGUUUUCCAAUUGCUGAUUUCAAAUGGCACUGCACUCAAUCAAGCUGCCAAAGAGGCAAGAUAUUUCGUCCGAGAUGAAUGCAGCAAAGCUAACCAGUACUUGCGAGUUCGAAAGCCAUCCUUGAGGGGCCCUGUGAUGCAAGUCGCCACACACUUUUGUGUGCCUCUCUCGGCCUUGGGAAAGAUUGGUCUUUGGAUCCUGGCCGCUUUCUCGGAGCCUGAGCGUUUAAAACCCGACCGGGAAUGAGCACUCGAUACAGCUCGCGAUCUACAUCUGGCGAGGUACGUGCACGCUGCGAAUUUUUUCAUGCAAGAAGUUGGCAGGAGGCUGGAAUCUGACGGCUCGGAAGCGGAAUAAGUAAACUGGAAUUUUAUUCCCUUUUUAAUUCAGAAUAUCUGUGGUGGAUAUUCCAGUCUGUAACUGUCA